AUGAACCGUCCGAGGAUCUCAAUAGAGAUGGAAAUGUCGCCGAACACCUACCACUUUUCCUCUGCUAGGCCGCCAACCCUCAGCUUUACUCUGACACCCCAUGCAUCACAAUGUCUGACUAUUCUCGUACCGCACAGUUCGCCUUUGGCUACCGGUCGAUCGAUGAACACUGGGGGCUACCCAAUUUCUGACCUGAGCACUUCGCCCCCCACCACGGUCAAGAUCGGAGACAUGACUGGCUAUAUCUCGGUUCCCGCCUCACCCAAUGAAAUGAUUGUACUACAGCCUGGACAGCGGUCGAAGAAGUUUCAAGUGGCGUUCAACCGCGGGGCAUCCUAUGAGCCAUCCUUCCGCCCGCAGCCGUGGCACAUUGUACGUAAUGGCAGGCUAUUGGAUCAAGACGGAAAAGAAACGUCCAUCAGAAGACCGAGCGUGGUGCACGGUGUGGAUGGUCUGGAAGCGGGAAAGACGUACAAGACGACUAUGGCGAUAGACAAAUUAGAAAAGACACCUUGGUGGUGGGGGGAUGAGAAGGAUGAGCCGGAUCGGAAGGAUUUGGGUAGUAAGGUUGGAGGAAUCGAAUGGGAAAUAGUAAAUGGCGGCGUAGAGUUUCGGGUGGAGGAGUGA